UCAUCUGAAGGCGCAGUGACGCCAUCAUCCCGCGCCCGGUGCAGGCGGCAGUGGCGCCGGUGCCGUUCCGGGGCGCGGAGCCCCCCGAGCCCCUCCCCAAGCCCCCCAUGAGCCGCCGCCGCCGCCUCGGCGACACCAACGGCGCCCUCGGGGCCAAGCGGCGCCGCCUGGAGCUGCCGGGGGAGGGACCGCGCCCCGACGGCAGCCCCGCGGCGGUGGAGGCCGCUCUCCAGGCCGUGGCCGCGCUGUUCCCCCGCCGCCUCUUCGGGGACGCGCUGCCGCCGCUGGUGCUGCGCCACCAACUCUACGACGUCGUGCGGGACCGGACGGCCGUGGACCGGCACCUGAACCGGCUGCGGGAUGAGGGCCGCGUGCGGCUGCUGCACCUGGGGCUCGGCGCCGACGCGCUGGGGGUCGUCAGCCUGGAGCUGUACCGGGAGAAGGCGCUGGCGGCCGUGGCCGGCACCCCCCGGGAGGGGCUGGUGCGGCGCUUCCUGGACGCGGCCGUGGCGGCGAGCCCCGAGCUGAGCUUCGAGCAGCGCCGGAUGCGGGAGCUCGGCUUCGAGGACCGCGAUGUCACGCAGUUGGUGGCCGCGGGGCUGCUGACGGUGCGCGACGCCGGCAGCUGGUGGCUGGCGGUGCCGGGGGUCGGGCGCUUCGUGCGGGCGCUGCUGCGGGGCCGGCGGGCGCUGCUGGCCCUGGUGCGCCGCUCCCGGCACCGCGAGGUUCCUCUGCGGGACCUGCAGAGCGGAAAAGCCCCCCCGGGCGCCCGCCUGGGGGUCCCGUUCCUGCUGCACGACCUGCUGGGGGCUCAGCAGCUGCAGAGUGUCCCCACCGCCGCGGGCCCUCUGCUGCGUUUGGCCGAGUCCUGACCGGACCCUUCCCGAAGAACGUUUUUUCCCGAAUUCUUUACACCGGGACCUGGGGGGCGUGGCCGGGUCUGAUCGGAGCAAUUCAAAAUUA